AUGCAGGGUCUCGCACUCGCCCCUCAAGAAGACAUCGAGGAGGAAGCUAAGCCACAGGAAGUUGAGAAGACGGUGCAGAAGAGGCUGCCCGACGCCCUGCCGAAGGUAGAUCCCACGGAGCACGUGCUGGCGCUGAGGGACUUGAAACAAGCGCUCGAGGAGGAGCAGAGGCUUCGCAGGAGUGCCGACGAGGCGGCCAAGGCUGCCGAGAGAGAGCUGGCUCAGAGCAAGGAGACCGUGGCUGCCCUGGAGGCGGAGCGGCGAAGACUUAUCGAGCAGAGUCGGGAGCUGGACGCUGACCUGCAAGCGCUUCGCUCUGCCGCGGCGCGGCGGGAGGAGCGCGGCACCCGCGAGGCGCCGGUCCCUGCCGACCUCGGGGAGGGUGACGUCGCGGCCGACGAUGAAGCUGACCCGGCACUUCGCGCCGACUCCCCCGCACUGACCAUCGAGGAGGCCAAAGCGUUUCUCCUCCGCCUCGCCAAGCGCCGCGACGGGGUCCGAGCGCUGCGGCCAUCGCUGUGUGGCGCGCUGAGACAACUCGGCGAAAGCCUUUACACAUCGCCGGUGCACUUCGUCGACGAACUGCUGCAGAACGCCGACGACUGCGCCUAUCCUGUGGAAGAUGAUCCCAGCUUCACCAUGUCGCUGAGUGUCACAGAGGCCCGCUUCUCCUACAACGAGGUCGGAUUUCGGGCAUGCGAUGUGCUGUCGCUCUGUUCGCUCGCUGUGUCCACCAAGAAAGGUGGCGAGUUUCUGGGCCACAAGGGCGUGGGCUUCAAGUCCGUCUUCGCCUGUUCCAACUCCCCGGCGGUCAUUUCCGGCCUCUUCCGCUUUCAGUUUGAGAUCCCUGGGAUGGAUGAGCUCGCAUACAUCACCCCGCGGUGGCUGGAGCGGCUUCCGAGCGGUCUUGAGGAACCAAGUCGAGGGACUCACAUCCUCCUCCCCUUCCGGCCGGAGCUGCGCGAGGAUCCCGGGUUCCUGGAACAGCUUACCGGGGCCUUCGAACCGCUGGUGCUGCUGGGUCUCCGGAGGCUGCGACGUCUGCUCCUUGAGUCCCCCAAUGGCCAGAGGACCUCAGCGAUGCUGACGAAGGGAGCGCCGGACGAGUUCCUGGGUGCCGUGACCUGGAGGGCGGGGCUGCAGGUGAACGACGUGGAGCAGGUUUUCCGAGUCCUCGCCCGGAAGAAAGAUCCUAGCGAGGACGGCCAGGGGAACGACUUGGAGGUUUUGCUCGCCUUCCCGGCCAUCCCAGGGCCCGAGCUGCCUGUCUGCGCAGGGCUUCCUUGUGCUCGAGUGGGCCAUCGCUUCUUGCUACAGGCAAACUGGCAGCUGACCACCAGUCGCGAGGCUGUCCGGGAGUGCGCGCACAACUACGCGCUGCGUGCUGAGGCGGCGAAGCUUUUUGCCAUUGCAGCGCAGCACCCUGAGGUGACUUCGCACCUGCCCAUGUUCCUGCCUGCUGGAGGCGCUGCGACACCUCCUUUCUGGAAGAUCUUUGCCCAGGAGGUCGUGCGCGAAGUUCGGGAGGUCCUUCCCUCGUGCCUGUCGGGUCUUCAGAGCACUGCUGCUGGCGAUCUCCGGCUGCCUCACGAUCAGCUCCUGCAGUUGAUUCCCGCCGAAGACUUCCGCUGUGCUGGCAUCCAGGUGGUCGAAGAGAAGUCUGUUCGCAGCAUCCUCGAGCAGUGUGGCGUUCCUGUGGUCGGCGCGACCGACGCCUUCAGAUGCCUGCCGCAUCUCUCGCGCGACCGGCUUGAUGCAGAGUGGUGGGCGUGCUUUUUCCGAUUCCUCCUGGACGAGCGUGAGAAGGUCGACCUGAACGAUGUUGUGGAGCAGCCCGUUUGGCUAAUCCGCGGAGAGCGGCAGAAGAUGCCGAUGCACGCAGUGGCCGUCUUCUGCGCGGUGCCCGCGCACCUGCAGCCUUGGCGUGAAGAGGUGGUGUUUCUUGAGACAGCUUCGCCCGCGGAGCUGCGCUUUGCACAGCUGGCCGGGGUAGCGAAGACGUGGGAUCCUUUGGCCAUGGCUUCCACGGUCCUCAGCUUGCACUUGGAGCUUCGCCGGGUAGGCCUUCAAGAAGAGGACUUGGCGCAGCGGGAACAGUUGUGGGCGGAUCUCCAGUUCCUGAAGGAUCUGGCAGGUGCGGGCCACUGGAGCGACCUUGAGCGAGACUGCCGGAAGCAGUUCGAUGCAGCAGUGGGCGAAGUUGCCCUGGUCCCUGGCCCGGGUCCGGCUGGCGCCUUGACCGCUGCGAUGGCGAUGCUUCCGACCGCCAUCGGUUGCCAGGUGCCUCUCAGUCCCGGGUCUCGGGCCGUGGGCCUCCCCUACGGCGGGAAGAAGGCUGAGGAUAGCGUGCCUGCGGCCAUUGCGUGGGAGGCCUUCCUGAUGCGCUUGAACUGCAGAGCACCGGAGGUGGAUGCCUCGGCAGACACAUCCGCAAUCCCGCUGCCGCAUCUGUCGCAGCUCGGUUCGUCUCAGACUGUGCUGGCCGUACUGCAGGCGCUUCCAGCACGCACCCUCGAGUGGCUGCAGGCGAACACUCUGCUGGUCGCCGACAGCGGCCGCUUGGUGACGACUUCGGGCCUCGUGGCGGCGGCCGCGCUGCCCGGUCCAGCACCGGCGGGCGUCGAGACGGUCCAUGUGCCGCUGGACAUGGCGGAUGUGGCGGCGGCUUUGGGCAUUUGCAUCUCCCCGGGUGCCGAGCUCUGCUGGCUGAUGUUGGCAUCCCAAGCUGCCAGCUCACUGCGCCGGGUUGGGCCCUACGUCGAGGUCUUGGCUCGCCUGGCGGCGGUGGCCUACCAGGAAAAGGGCUGUCCCCCACCGGAGUCCUCGGCGCCGGUGCUCUUUCUUCCCGACGCAGCGGCCACGGGCGGACCGGAGUUCGCGGCGCUCCAGGAGAUCUAUGUCCAAGACGCCGACGCGGCAACCAGCGCGGCAGAGUGGGAUGAGGACCCGGCGAUUCAAGCCGGCUUUGCCCACUUGCGGCGCCUCCUCCGGCGGGGGCUCAUCAGCAGUACUGCAAACGUCGCCUACGCCUCCUUUGCGAAUGAGCUUCGGAUCUUCGGCUGCCGCGCCCGGCCUUCCGUGCGCGACGCCGUGGCCGCGCUGCGCUGCGCUGCAGGGGAGUCGGGCCUUCGACAGAAGCUCGGGCAGAGCGGCAUACCGGCUCGAGGAGAGCUUCUAAACGACAUGGGCGUGGAGGUUUUCCUGAGCCUCUACCGCUUGCUCGAGCUUGCGCUGGGCCAGGAGCCCACUGGCGCCGAAGAUGUGCAGAGGGCCGUUGAAGGCGGCGGGGGAGGCUUCUCCGGUGCCCGCGACGGCUCCGCCAAAUGGGGCUGGAAUGCGCGCUUGUCCCCAGGGCGUUCGGCGGAGAUGGGAGCGAGUGCACUGGCGGCCGCUUUUGCAGAAUGCGGUCCGCUGCCGGUGAUGACGUGGGAGGGACGACUGCUGGCAAACGAGAUGUCCUCGAGCGUUUGGGCUUGCCGCAGUCUGUGGCUCUUGGACGCUGCGCUUGGAUCCUCCGCGCCCAUUGAGUUUCUGCACCUUGAGAUCGCAGAGCUCUGCCCACAGCUGGUGGCCGCGAUGCAGUGGCCUUAUCUCGAAGGCCGCUGCGUCGUUCAAUGGCAGCAGGGGAACAACAACCCCGAGCACGACCUCCAAGAGGCUUCGGAGGCCUUUGCGAACGCCUUGGGCGGAAAGCCACUGCAGGUGAUCUCCUGCAACUGGAUCGCCUUGGAUGUUUGCUUCAGCCUCCACGUUGAGCUCCGGCCAGAGAUGCUGGCCGCCGGCGAGAGUUCUCAGAUUCCUGGCUUCGUGCGCGAGCGCCUGCGGGUGCAACCCUCGUGGGCCCUCGUCGGCGAAGGCGUGUUGGCCUUGGCGACUCACUUCGUAGAUGAGGCGGCCGCCCGUGCAGCCCUGGCGGCAUCGGCGCUAGCCGUUCUCCUGCAGUACUGGGCCGGCAUAUCCAAAGAGGAAGCCGAGGACCAGGCGCGGCUAGCCUGUGAAAGCAUCCGCUCCUAUGCCUCGCAGGUCUUUUGGGAGGCUGGCCAGGCGAACGUGGGCCUUUCCGGCGCCCGGUUCCUUCGAGGCACUGAGGUGCUCCUCCCCUGCGGCAAAGGGGAGGAUGUCCGACUGCCUGGCCUUAUGGGUAGUUUUGGAGGCGUGGAAUCCUACACAGACCAGGAGCCUCGUGGGCUGCCGGGAGUUUCCUCGCUCGCGGCGAACAGGCGCAGGGACCGGGAGCUCUUUGAUGCUGCAGUGGGGCAGCUGCUCUCCGGCGAGGGGUUCGCAGCUGCAAGGAGCUCGCGCACUGGGCCGCCCGUGGCGGACGUCGCGGCCCUGAAGGAGCAGCAGCUUCGCGUGGGCCAGCGAGCGGAGCACUUCUACAGCUGCUUCUUGCAGCGCAUCUACGGCGAUGCUUUCAAGCCGUCGAAGGACUGGGUGUCCUCUGCGCGCCUGGCGAUUUAUCCAGAUGCGCGGCAGGGCGUCGACGAUGCAGCAGGUUUCGAUUUCCUUAUCGUGGACACUGCUCAGCGCAUCGUCCCGAGCCGCGGCAAGCGCUCCACACGCUGUUUCAUCGAGGUGAAGGGCAGCGCGGGGACCUUCGCAGGGAUGCUCUGUCUCAGCGCGAACGAGCAGCGCAAGCGCGACGAGGUGACAGCCUCGAAGGGAGAGGGCAACGCGUAUGUUAUCGCCGUGGUCGAUAACGUGGAAAACCUGGAACAUGCCUCGGUGCGACAUUUCAUCUGGAGCGACGACGCCUCGAUGUUGCCGGGCAACGUUUUUCCCGUUUUUCCCAACUAG